GUGUGUGUGGAUAAAGUAUCAUUGCAAAAAUUUAUCAGCAACGGAUUUUGCGAAUUAUCUCUCCACUUUAUAAUUUCCCUCCGCUUUAUUAUCCUCUAAUUAUGUUGCCUCGUAUCUGUCAACAAAUAUCUCAAAAGUCUUUGUAGGCUUAAUUAUCCCUAGGUCUUCAUGGAUUUGUCCUUAAAUAGCACAAAUAUUACCAAAUUAUUAUAGGAUUAUUGAGAAAAGAGCUUGUAUUGUCAAAUGUAAAAGCCUAUUGUCUACUGAGUUGCAGUUCAUUAUUCGCGUCCAUUAAUUUGCUAUUUUCUCUAAUUAUCUCAAAUGUUUUGAUCGGUCACACUCCAUUUCAUAACAAAAGCAAGAAAGACCAAUCAGCCUUCACCUUGUGCAAAAGUUUUUUUUAAACAUUAUUCUCUGUUGUCCAAUGGAAAUCCUAGUGGGCGUUAAGGAGCCGUCCUGGCGCGGCGGAACGUCUUGACAGUUGACUUCUACCGGAGAAUGGCGGCUACCGCCUGCACUACGUUCACUAACACUACCAAUCCCGCAUAAACAACACCGGAGGAAAAGUAGAGAUUCACGGAGGAGACAAGCAGCUCUUUCAUUCCUUAGUAACAUUUCUCUAGACGGACAACCGGUUCAACCGUUAAACCAUGGAAACCGAGACCCUCAUCAUCGAAACGGCGUGUUCCUGGGGGAUGAUAUCGGAACGACAGUGGCCGGGAUGUCAACGGCAUCUAGUAGUAGCUACGGGAACUUCGGUAACCUACCGACGUCUGUGAGCUGUGGGGCAGUUGGGACCGUUAGUCCCGUACCGAAACUCGGUGUGAUCACUGUCCCGCCCAUCCUCGUUCUGCCAUCGGACUCGUUCAAUGAUGGGACCACGGAGGUAUUUCUGGAGAAGCGAGGAGGAUCGUUUUCCUCGCAGGGAAACCUCCUCUCUCCGUCGGGUCUCCAUCCUACUCCCCUCCGACCGCGGAAGUCAUCCACGGUGCUGUCAGUUCAGAGUUCUAAUUCCGUGAUUUCGGAAUCUGGACGGUGUCGGACUCGGAACCUGUCGGGCUCUCCCAGACCUCGCCCUGUGAAGAAGGUCCACUUCAUCAAGAACAUGAGACAGUACGACACGCAAGGCAGCAGGAUCGUGUUGAUCUGUGCCAAGCGUUCUCUGUUUGCGGUGUUCUCAGUGUUGCCCUAUGGAGAGAGCGUUCACAUCAGUGACCCCAAGUUGGACAGACGUAGACAUUCAUCCGGGAACAUCUCUACCACUCUGGAGAUGCUGCCAGGCCUGGAGGGGUUUGAAUUGGAACCCUACGGCAAGACGGUGUCGUACGCCCAGUUCCUGUACCCGACAAACGCUCUGGUCCGCCAGAAGACUCCCUCGGUGGACAUCACCCUGCAGGUGCCCCUCACCCAGGUGACCCGGAACAGCAUCCCCAGAAACCUCACCCCAUCUAGGCUUAACUCCAACGUGGGACUGGAUUUAGGUGUGGAUGACAUUGGAGACUAUGACCCCAACCUUCUGAGUGACCCCCAGUGGCCCUGUGGGAAACACAAGAGAGUCCUGAUCUUCGCCUCAUACAUGACGACAGUGAUAGAGUACGUGAAGCCAUCUGAUCUGAAGAAGGACAUGAAUGAGACGUUUAAAGAGAAGUUUCCUCAAGUCAAGCUGACUCUCAGCAAGAUCAGGAGUCUGAAAAGGGAGAUACGUACGGUGGGUGAUGACUGCGGACUGCAGCCGGUCACCGUGGCGAUGGCGUUUGUGUACUUUGAGAAGCUGGUCCUCCAGGGGCGACUCAACAAACACAACAGGAAGUUGGUGUCCGCCGCCUGCGUGCUCCUCGCCGCUAAGAUCAGCAGCGACCUCAAGAAGCAAGACGUAACACAGCUCAUAGAUAAACUGGAGGAGCGUUUCCGUAUCAGUCGGCGAGAGUUGAUCCCGUUUGAGUUCACGAUCCUUGUUGCCCUGGAGAUGGCUCUGUACCUGCCUGAGAGCACCAUCAUGCCACACUACCGACGCCUGGUGCAGCAGAACUAGGACCAGACCCCUGCCACGUCCACUGGGACAGGAGCCCCACCUACUAGGACUGAAGACUGGACAUCAAUCAUUCAAUCAAUCAAUCAAUCAAAUCAAAUGUAUUUAUAAAGCCCUUCUUAUGUCAGCUGAUGUCACAAAGUGCUGUACAGAAACCCAGCCUAAAACCCCAAACAGCAAGCAAUGCAGGUGUCGAAGCACGGGGGGGGGGAUGAAGGAGAGACAAAUUAAGACAUUUAAAGGGAGCAGAGAUGGAAAGAAAGAAGAUGAGAGAGAAAUUAAGAGCGAUAUGAUGUGGUAAAGGCUUAGGUAUGUCCUGUGACCCCCUAUAGCACUGACCCCACACACACUCAUAAUCAGUAACAAUCCUGGUAUUUACCCUCACGGGAAGAAGAAAUGACACCCAUAAUGUCAACAAAUUACAUUACAUCUAUUUCUACACAUUCUGAACCUGAAAGUGUUCAUGCUGCCAUAUUCCUCAAGUUCAACAGUAGCAUUGGGAUCAAAUGUGAGGUCUGUCACUUUACCACAGGAAUACCAGUUACUAGUUAGCAACAUGAGUCGUGACUUUACCACAGGAAUACCGGUUACUAGUUAGCAACAUGAGUCGUGACUUUACCACAGGAAUACCAGUUACUAGUUAGCAACAUGAGUCGUGACUUUACCACAGGAAUACCGGUUACUAGUUAGCAACAAGAGUCGUGACUUUACCACAGGAAUACCGGUUACUAGAUAGCAACAUGAGUCGUGACUUUACCACAGGAAUACCGGUUACUAGUUAGCAACAUGAGUCGUGACUUUACCACAGGAAUACCGGUUACUAGUUAGCAACAUGAGUCGUGACUUUACCACAGGAAUACCGGUUACUAGUUAGCAACAUGAGUCGUGACUUUACCACAGGAAUAACAGUUAAAGGGAAAACAAAUAACAUCACACAAACAUUUAACAAAAAAUACAUUUAAUAUAUUUAUCCUUUCUGAGAUGUAUAUUUAGUAUAUUCUAUCAGCGCAGCAGAAGGGAUAUUUAUAUUGUAACCCUUGUAGCUUAACUCACAUAGGUCUUAUUACAACAUCAUAACCACGCAUUUAGCCCUGUUUACACCAUCAUAUCCAAGCAUUUAGCCCUGUUUACACCAUCAUAACCAAGCAUUUAGCCCUGUUUACACCAUCAUAGCCAAGCAUUUAGCCCUGUUUACACCAUCAUAACCAAGCAUUUAGCCCUGUUUACACCAUCAUAGCCAAGCAUUUAGCCCUGUUUACACCAUCAUAACCAAGCAUUUAGCCCUGUUUACACCAUCAUAACCAAGCAUUUAGCCCUGUUUACACCAUUAUAACCAAGCAUUUAGCCCUGUUUACACCAUCAUAACCAAGCAUUUAGCCCUGUUUACACCAUCAUAACCAAGCAUCCAUCUUUAGCCCUGUUUAUACUUGGUUCUAACAUGCGUCUGUUGUCCUGAUCUUGUCCACAUUCUGAUUGUGCCCACAUUUGUCGACAGGUGUAGACAAUCAAAAGACACAUUGCGAUUUGAUUUUGAUUAGCUCUUCCUGACCACUUCCAGAGGUAGUCAAAGAUGCAUCUAGUACGGAUACGGCCUUGAAGUGUCAACGUAUCCUGACAACGAAAGCGUAUACAUUUGGCCAACGUUACGGUUGUCCCGUUCUCUCAAAUAAAUCACACAGGCCAGUUGAGGUAGUAAUGCCGCAUUCAAAACAACUGGCAACUCGGAAUUCGGGAACUUGGAUAUCUCCGGCUUCUGAUGUCAGUGCGUUCAAGACAACUUGGAGCUACAACUGGGAAAAAUUGUUUUCGAACGGUCAUCCAACUCAGAAUUCCAAGUUGGAAACUCGACCGUCUUUUUCAGAUCUGGAUGGGAACAGAAGAACCCAGUGUCCAGUUUCUUCAGAUCUGGAUGGGAAAAGAAGAACCCAGUGUCCAGUUUCUUCAGAGCUGGAUGGGAACAGAAGAACCCAGUGUCCAGUUUCUUCAGAGCUGGAUGGGAACAGAAGAACCCAGUGUCCAGUUUCUUCAGAUCUGCAUGGGAACGGAAGAACCCAGUGUCCAGUUUCUUCAGAUCUGGAUGGGAACGGAAGAACCCAGUGUCCAGUUUCUUCAGAUCUGGAUGGGAACAGAAGAACCCAGUGUCCAGUUUCUUCAGAUGUGGAUGGGAACGGAGGAACCCAGUGUCCAGUUUCUUCAGAGCUGGAUGGGAACAGAAGAACCCAGUGUCCAGUUUCUUCAGAUGUGGAUGGGAACAGAAGAACCCAGUGUCCAGUUUCUUCAGAGCUGGAUGGGAACAGAAGAACCCAGUGUCCAGUUUCUUCAGAUGUGGAUGGGAACGGAAGAACCCAGUGUCUAGUUUCUUCAGAGCUGGAUGGGAACAGAAGAACUCAGUGUCCAGUUUCUUCAGAGCUGGAUGCGGUAUUGGGUGACCAUCCCACACCCGCCCACCGUUCAUUCUGGACAGUGCUGUGGUAAUAUUAAGGGAAAGCUGCUGUGAAUAGGCUAAUUCAGUUUAUAUAUCACAUAUGAAAAGUGUGCAGUGGUAUUAUAUUACAGUGGCUUGUCUAUGGAAGUUAGGCCUCCACAUUAUACCUUGAUCUAAAGGUACAGGGGAACAUCAGGCCUCCACAUUAUACCUUGUCGUGAACUGCUCUCUCCUGUUGCAACUCCAUCGUAGUCCAUCUCAUGCAUCCCCAAUACAUUUUUAGUUCAGUUUAAAUUCUGUAAUACUGUUAUAUCAGUCUAUCAACCCUCGAUGAGUGAAAGAGACUCUGUUACUGAAUUAUAACUAAUCAAUGAUUUGGAACAAACCAAAGCAUGGUCGUUCUCCCUGCAUAUCAAAAUAAAAAUCAUUUGGUACUGUUAAGGCCUAUCUAAGAAUUGGACUCCUGGAAUAUAAUGUAAUCAUUUUAAUGUUAUUAUAUUCUUGUCACAUGCGUCGAAAUGGAUAGACCAAGGCGCAGCGUGUUGAGUGCUCAUCUUCUUAUUUAACGUAUGAAGUGAACACUUAAACAAAAAUUAACAAAAUUACACACGACAGUUCCUUAAGGUAACAUUGACUAUGCGAAAAACAACCACCCACAAACCCAAAGGAAAAAACAGGCUGCCUAAGUAUGGCUUCCAAUCAGAGACAACGAAAGACACCUGCCUCUGAUUGGAACCCAUACUCGGCCACACAUAGAAAAUGAACAUAGAAAAUGAAAACUAGAACAAAUCCCCAUGAAACAAACAAACCCCAAAACACACAAAAACAACACCCCCUGCCACGCCCUGACCAUCCUACAAUGACAAAUAACCCCUUUUACUGGUCAGGACGUGACAAUUCUAUUAUAUUCUGUAACUCUUUGAGCAUUUUCCAGACAAAUCGCUAGCAAUUAAGUGCAGAAUAUGUCCAAACAGACACAUAAAGUUACAUACUGUAGGUGUCUGUAAGCGUGAACGAGGCCACUGUCAAAUAUGACAACCCGAAGGAUACGAUACACAACACGGAGGAUGUGAUACACAACACGGAGGAUGUGAUACACAACACGGAGGAUGCGAUACACAACACGGAGGAUGCGAUACACAACACGGAGGAUGCGAUACACAACACGGAGGAUGCGAUACACAACACGGAGGAUGCGAUACACAACACGGAGGAUACGAUACACAACACGGAGGAUACUUUAGGCUACUUUUAUAUUAACACGUUAUUCCUUUAUAAAGCCGUUGACUUCACAUGCUUUUAUCCAUUUUAAUAAUUUGAUUACGCGUCUUGCUAUAAGUUGCCUGGACGCAACCUCCUACGUCUACAAAACCGUUUUUAAAAUAUGAGAAUAUUUUAUUUAUCAAGGCAAGUCGGUUAAGAUCAAAUUCUUAUCUACAAUGACGGCCUACCCUGUCCAAACCCGGACGACGCUGUCCCAAUUGUGCGCCGCACUAUGGGACUCCCAAUCACAGCCGGAUGUGAUACAGCCUGGAUUCGAACCAGGGGCUGUAGUGACACCUCUUGCACUGAGACGCAGUGCCUUAGACAGCUGUGCCACUCGGGAGCCCAUAUAAUGCUAUUGAUUUGUACGGCAAGUGGAGGAUAUCGGAACAGUAGCGUAUUACGCCCUGGCUCUAAUGGUUGGAUAACAAAUACAGGCUGUUAUGAGGAGAGUGUAAAACUAUUGACUAUACAGGCUGUAAUGAGGAGAGUGUAAAACUAUUGACUGUACGGGCUGUAAUGAGGAGAGUGUAAAACUAUUGACUAUACGGGCUGUAAUGAGGAGAGUGUAAAACUAUUGACUAUACGGGCUGUAAUGAGGAGAGUGUAAAACUAUUGACUAUACGGGCUGUAAUGAGGAGAGUGUAAAACUAUUGACUAUACGGGCUGUAAUGAGGAGAGUGUAAAACUAUUGACUGUACGGGCUGUAAUGAGGAGAGUGUAAAACUAUUGACUGUACGGGCUGUAAUGAGGAGAGUGUAAAACUAUUAACUGUACGGGCUGUAAUGAGGAGAGUGUAAAACUAUUAACUAUACAGGCUGUUAUGAGGAGAGUAUAAAACUAUUGACUAUUGUUGUAUAAAUGAUUGGAGACGGGCGCAGGAAUUUGUAAUAGUGGGAGUUGAAUACUCCACCCAAAAUAUACAACAUGCCAUGAAAAGGCACAGGACGAAGCCCAAAACAAACACGUAUACAAUAACACAUGGAUGUAACCCAAACAAAAGAGCGAGGUGAAACCUCUAAUAAAUAGACUGGACGAGACCCGCAAUACACGACACGGGAUGUGACCCAUAAUAACAAGUGCACAACAAUACAUGGGACGUGACCCGUAAUGACAAAUGCACAACAAUACACGGGACGUGACCCGUAAUAACAAAUGCACAACAAUACACGGGGCAUGACCCGUAAUAACAAAUGCACAACAAUACACGGGACGUGACCCGUAAUGACAAAUGCACAACAAUACACGGGACUUGACCCUUAACAACAAAUGCACAACAAUACACGGGACGUGACCCGUAAUAACAAAUGCACAACAAUACACGGGACGUGACCCGUAAUGACAAAUGCACAACAAUACACGGGACUUGACCCUUAACAACAAAUGCACAACAAUACACUGGACGUGACCCGUAAUAACAAAUUUACGACAAUACACGGGAUGUGACCCAUAAUAACAAAUGCACGACAAUACACGGGACGUGACCCGUAAUAACAAAAGCACAACAAUACACAGGACGUGACCCGUAAUAACAAAUGCACAACAAUACACGGGACGUGACCCGUAAUAUCAAAUGCACAACAAUACACGGGACGUGACCCGUAAUAUCAAAUGCACAACAAUACACGGAAUGUGACCCGUAAUAACAAAUGCACAACAAUACACGGGACGUGACCCGUAAUAUCAAAUGCACAACAAUACACGGAAUGUGACCCGUAAUAACAAAAGCACAACAAUACACAGGACGUGACCCGUAAUAACAAAUGCACAACAAUUCACGGGACGUGACCCGUAAUGACAAAUGCACAACAAUACACGGGACUUGACCCUUAACAACAAAUGCACAACAAUACACGGGACGUGACCCGUAAUAACAAAUUUACGACAAUACACGGGAUGUGACCCAUAAUAACAAAUGCACGACAAUACACGGGACGUGACCCGUAAUAACAAAAGCACAACAAUACACAGGACGUGACCCGUAAUAACAAAAUGCACAACAAUACACGGGACGUGACCCGUAAUAUCAAAUGCACAACAAUACACGGAAUGUGACCCGUAAUAACAAAUGCACAACAAUACACGGGACGUGACCCGUAA